AACUCAGUCGACGUGCGGAUCGAUCAGGCGCGCAAUAAAAAGCGUCUGCUGUAAUGCGAAAAUAUACCGGCUCUCAUUUUGUUUUUGUUUACGUUUUAAAAAAUUCAUAAACCCAUUAAAAUGUCGAUUAAACCGCUGAGUAAAGAAACGGUAAAACUCAUCAACAGCGGACAAGUUAUUUCAUCGAUCUACAGUGCAAUCAAAGAACUCGUGGAAAAUUCUCUUGAUGCUCAAGCACAGAACAUCGAGGUUAAUCUGGUGGAUGAUGGUUUGUCACUCAUUGAAGUCAAAGAUAAUGGUUGUGGAAUUAGUAGAGAUGAUGCUCAAUACAUGGCAUUACACGCACACACAUCUAAGAUUUCAGACUUUAAUGAUUUAGACUUACUGUCAACCUAUGGAUUUCGAGGUGAAGGUUUGACUUCAGUUUGUCAAGUAGCAGAUGUAACAAUAUCAACAAAAACUGAAGAAGAUGUAACUAUGUUACGCUAUACAUUGAAUCAUGAUGGGCAGGUUGUUGAUUCAGAAUUAUCUCAUGGAUUGACUGGCACAACAGUACAAAUGAGAAAUUUAUUUAAAAAUAUGCCUGUUCGAAGAAAUAUUCUGACUAAUAAAAAAAGAAUGAACCAAGAAUUAAAAGCAAUAGAAUUGCUUUUAAAAAUGUUUUCUAUUUGCAAACCUUCGGUAAGAUUUAUGCUCAGAGUAAAUGGUAAAACUGUUUUUACAAAAAUAAGUUGUAAAACUGUAAUGGAAGCUGUUAGGUCUGUUUACGGAUCACAAAUUUUCCCAAAAUUGACCCACAUUACAAAAAGUUUUGGUCAAACUGAAAUGCAACUGUUUAUACCAGAUAAAAAUGUAAAAGAUGCCAGUGAAGUAUCACAAGUUGGGUUGCAAUUUGUGUGUGUAAAUGGUCGACCAAUUAAAUCAAAAGAAAUUGAAAAGAAAAUAAAUAAAAGAAUUUCAGAAUAUUUCAACCAGAACACUUCAAGUUCUCGUAAAUUUGUAUUUUGUUUGAUACUUAAAGUUGAUCCAUCAAUGCUUGAUGUAAAUUUGGAACCAAAUAAGGAUAAAAUAUACCUUCAGAAUGAGACUGCAGUAUUGAGUGAAAUAGAUAACUCUCUUCUUAGUUUCUAUGAACUUCAAGAUUCUCAGAUGUCAACACAACAAAGUGAUAUUGAAAAUGUCAAUUGCAAUUUUAAUAUUCUAAAUGAGUCAGAUAAAGUUAACCAAGUGGAAAAAGAGUGGCCUGCAUGUAAAAAACGAAAACUUAAUUUAAAAGAUGAGAACAUUCAUGAUACAAGUACAUCAAAUAAAAAUAGCCCAGUUAAAAGAAAAUCAAUGGAUAAUACAAGGAAACAAUCGGACGCUUCUUUUUUGCAAUCUAUAAAUGGACCAGCACUAAGUGAUUCAGAUUCAAACGAUGCAGAUGCAGAACACUUUGAUAAAAGGAUAUCGAAGCCAAAAGAUAAGGCACCUGAAAUGAUGGACAUAGCAGAACUCGACAAUGAAGACAAUAAUUCUGAACUUUUUGACCUUGCUCCAAAUCCUAUCACAAAUCACCAGGUUGUGAAAGAAACUUUGUCUCAAUUGCCAAAGGUGGAUUUGGGAGAAGAUUUCGACUGGGAAGAAAUCGUUAAUAAAAGUAAUAAAUCAAAUGGUGUAAAAACUGAAAGUUCUGAAGUAAUCCUUGAUAAAAUAACAGUGACUGAUGUAGCAUGGAGCAAAGGGCAAGUUCCAGGAUUGCAAGGUGGUGUUGCUAUUGGAUUUGAUGAUGAACAAAACAGUGCUAAAAACAACAGAGACUUCAGAGAAAGCCCGAUAGUUCAGUCAGAAGAUUCCGAAUCAUUUGACUUUCAGAAAGAUGUGAAGACAAUUAAUGAUAGUGAAGAACCUAUUGAUGAUAGCAAUGUAUCAAUUCCGGAAAAUGCAGAGUUUGAAUGGAAUGUAAAUGUAAAAAACACAAAAAAGAAAACUCCAUCUAAAAAGAAUAGUGAAAAAUCAGCUGGCACAUCCAAACAAGUUAAAAGAUCUCUUGCUUCCUCUAAUGAUCCCACUCAAACUAAGAUUCUUUUUGCUGGAGAUAACGCAGGUUUGAUUAAUACGGGACUAUCAGCCUUUGCUAUGUAUUGUGCAGAAGCAAGAACAAAAAUUCUUAAAGAACAUCCAGAACUCACACCUGCAGAGGUUGCAGUUUAUAUGAAUCAACAGUGGAAAGAGAUAUCGCCUGAGGAACGGCAGUAUUAUCGCGAUCUUGCAAAUAAACAAAAUCAAAGUGAGAAUAAUACCUCCUUGUCUCAGGCCCCUAAAAAGUCAAAACCUAAACUAAGCCAAGCUGAAGCAGACAAAAAUAGAAAGCAGCUUGUAAGUAUGCUGGAAAGUAUGAAGGUAAAUAAAACUGAAGCAAAAAAGGAAAACAUAAUAAUGAAGACUUUUGCACUAUGGGAUAUGAGUACAUCGAUAGUAAAAGAAAGAUUCCAAAUGCCUGAAGUAACAGAAGUUGAACGAUUUAUUGUUGGUCCGUUAAAUUCAAAAAUUUGGAUUGUAAAUAUAAAAUCAAAACUUUUUGUAUUUGAUGUUACAAUACUUCAUGAUGGAUUAAAUGUAAAAGAUUAUGAUAUAAGCCAGAUUAGUGCAGGCUACGUUAACGAUCUUGUUGAUAAAUGGAUUACAGAACAAAGUAAUAUGAACGUUUUUCAUCAAUUACAUUCCAUGGAAAAAUAUUAAUUUUUUGAAAGUAUUUUUACUUUCUUUGAUAUCACACGUUUAUUGAUAUACUUAUAAGUGUUUAUUGCUCCUUAAUUUCAAUUAUAAAUUUUAACUGUAAAUAAUUAUUAACAUCAUUACUUGAAUUUGUAAUUGUUAUGCAUAGAAUAAUUUAUGAAUCUUCAAAAAUUUAGAGUAUUAUGUAUAUGUAUAUUUUGUAUGUUGAAAUAGACUGUUUUCAUCAUGUUUUUAUAUAAAAUAAUGAUGUUAUGUAGUUAAUUAUUGCACAGUCAGAUACUUAACCUUUUUUUAAACAUUAGUAAACCAACUAAUUUCUACAGAAUACCUAUACUUGUAAAAUUCCAAAGUUAUAAACAGAAGUUGUACACAUUUGGGUACCUAUAUU